CUUAGCUGAGGGGCAGGCAAGGUGCCUGCCUUCUCAGCUACGAAGGGCUCUGGAUUUGUACAGCUGCUGCUACUGGACUAUUUGCAAUCAUCCCUGGAGGGCUCCACUUCUUUGGGCACCCUGCCCCAGGCCUGAAGCUUGGCCCUACACAAACAGAGUAACCUUGAAGGAGUCCAAAAAGAAUGUGAUAGCUAAUGGCAAGGUGCCAGUAUGCUAUGAGGUAGGGCCCUUGUCCCUGCAGAAGAUGGCUGCAGAACUUUACUCUACCAGUGCUAAUACCAACAUCACAAACAGUAAUUCCACUACCACUGCCACCACAGUCACUGCAGCUAGUACCAAGAAUAGCUCCCUUCAACUUCAUCAAACAGCCCAAUCACCACCACCAGCACAAGUGCAAAAUCUUAACAACAACUUCGAGAGUACCAACUGGCAGUCAUUCUACCCCACUCUCCGAGAGAGGAAUGCAAUGAUGUUCAAUAAUGAACUCAUGGCUGAUGUACACUUUAUCAUUGGCCCUCUGGAAGCAUCAAAGCGAGUUCCUGCUCAUAAGUAUGUGCUGGCAGUUGGCAGCUCUGUCUUCUAUGCCAUGUUUUAUGGUGAUCUUGCAGAAGUCAAAUCUGAAAUCCAUAUACCUGAUGUGGAGCCUGCAGCUUUUCUCAUCCUGUUAAAGUACAUGUAUAGUGAUGAAAUUGACCUGGAAGCUGACACUGUGCUUGCAACUCUCUACGCUGCCAAGAAGUAUAUUGUUCCAGCUUUAGCAAAAGCUUGUGUCCAUUUUCUAGAGACUAGUUUAGAGGCGAAAAAUGCUUGUGUUUUGCUGUCCCAAAGCAGACUUUUUGAGGAACCAGAACUGACCCAGCGUUGCUGGGAAGUGAUCGAUGCUCAAGCAGAGAUGGCAUUAAGGUCAGAGGGCUUUUGUGAAAUAGAUCAACAAACAUUAGAGAUUAUCCUGAGCAGGGAAUCACUAAACACUAAGGAGGUAGUUAUCUUUGAAGCUGUUCUGAACUGGGCAGAAGCUGAAUGCAAAAGAGAAGGUUUGCCAAUUACACCAAGAAAUAAGAGGAAAGUAUUGGGAAGAGUUUUAUUUUUAGUACGAAUUCCAACUAUGACACUGGAGGAGUUCGCCAAUGGUGCUGCUCAAUCAGAUAUUCUAACCCUGGAAGAAACACGCAGCAUAUUCCUGUGGUACACAGCUACCAAGAAACCACAGUUGGAGUUUCCACUGACAAAAAGGAAAGGCCUUGCCCCUCAGAGAUGCCACCGAUUUCAAUCAUCUGCAUAUCGGAGCAACCAGUGGAGGUACCGUGGACGAUGUGACAGCAUCCAGUUUGCAGUAGACAAAAGGGUAUUUAUUGCAGGACUCGGAUUAUACGGAUCAAGCUGUGGGAAAGCUGAGUACAGUGUAAAAAUUGAACUUAAACGGCUAAAUGCUGUUCUUGCUCAUAAUCUGACAAAGUUCCUCUCAGAUGGAUCCAGCAAUACAUUUUCAGUCUGGUUUGAACAUCCAGUUCAAAUUGAACAAGACACAUUCUACAAUGUUAGUGCCAUCUUGGAUGGUAAUGAACUUAGUUACUUUGGACAGGAGGGAAUGACUGAAGUUCAGUGUGGCAAAGUGACAUUUCAAUUCCAGUGCUCCUCAGACAGUACCAAUGGCACUGGGGUCCAAGGAGGACAGAUUCCAGAGCUUAUUUUCUAUGCGUGAAACAGUUUAUGAGGAUUGUAUUCCAAUACUGCUAUGCACAUGAAAGGGAUUUGUUCAAAACCAGAAAAUUCUACAGCUGUUUCAUGUUCAGCUAUUACAUUACUCUUAAAAUAGCAGCCUCUCAGACUAAGUGAAAGAAUGCUCUUGGAUUUAAUCCUAUUUUAUUUAUUCUAUAUGUAGACAACUAACUUGCAGAUUAUGGCUGACUUUGAAAAAAUGUUCUGAAAUAGAGCUGUUUACGAACCUGUGAAAUAUAAAACAUUUUUUCUUUACCCUAAAAAUCUGUACAUUCAUUCAUUUUUUUUAUUCCUUUGUGGUUCAUGUCCUACUAGUUUCAAAGCAUAUAAAUCAACAAAUUCAAAUAAGCCACUGAAAUUAAGUGGCCCUUGGGGUCUCUUCCAGCUCUCUAUCAAAAAAAGAUACAAGAUACAAGAUCCUGCCCAACCAUCAGAUUUUCAUUUCUAAUAUGAAAGAUGCUGCUUUGAUUUUCCAAAGUUGUCUGGGUUGCUUUGACUUAAAGGGAUGUAGAAGAAGAUGACAGACUUUUAUUACAUUCACAAUCUCAGGUUCAUUUGCUGAUAUCCCUGAGCUUUCUUCUAAAGAAGAAUCAAUCAUCUUUAGAAGAAUUAAUGUAUCAAACAAAAUUCAGUGGUACCCAUUUGAAGAGUAACAUAUUCUAAUUUAACCACAAUAAACCAUCCAGUCAGUAUCUAACAGUAAAUAAUAUUAAGAAAUGGUUGUGGAAAAGUAUGCUUGUUCUAUGUCAACUUCAAAAGGCAAAAGAUGUUCCCCAAAUUCCCUCAUUGAGAUAACAGGGUUCUAUGGCCACUGAUGUAAAAAUACCUUAUUUAUAAUAAUAUAAUUUAGAACAUGAACAUGAACUAAAUUCUCCAAGAGCUUAGUUUUUUAUACAGUAUAGUACUCUAGAGCUAUGGAAAAAGUAAUAUUUUAAAUAAUAUAAUUUAAUAACAAAAUCUUAUAUUUGUUUUGAAAAUCUGUCACUUAAAAUUAUAAGGAACAAGCUUAGUCCAAAGAAGAGACAUAAUCUUCUUUGCAAAGAUGAAGCCCAAAGAUGUGGAACAUUCCAAAUA